AUGGGCAGACCAGGUUUGAAUGAGGCUGGUUGGAUACAAAUAGCGGAGCACCAGUUUGAUUCCACAAUCAAGCUACAGGAUGACGACAACAACAGCCAUAAGCCAGGAAAUCAACAUCCUAACAACCAAUUUAUCAAGUCAAAACAUAUGGACCAACUCGUCAUGACCAGUCCACAGUUCGACUCAAUGACCGAUGGGCAAAUCUAUGCCCUUCCACGACUACCACUUGUUGUUGCACGCUGCUUGCCCGAAACCGAAGUCAAGAAGAUCCAAGCAUUUGAAAUGCGACAUUCGAUUUCAACGAUGACAGGUGAUGGUGUCAAUUAUUUUCGUUCUUAUCGUAUUGCUGAUGUUGAUAUCGCCAUGGGCAAAAACGUAGCGAUGUAG